UCUUCCUGAUUCAUCACGUGGCAUUGGCUAAUCAUGGGAGGCCGAAAUGUACCGACCGUUUCUUCUUCUUCCUCUUCUUCUUCUUCGUUUUUCUCCCACUUUUGUUCCUCUGCAUUGAGAACCAAGCCAAGUAAUUCUCCGUAUGAUGUCUUCUCCAACCGUAUCAACUCCGGCGAAGGCCUCAUACGUCGUCUUGGCGUCAUCGACCUCAUUCUUAUCGGUGUCGGCGCUUCCAUUGGAGCCGGAAUCUUCGUCAUCACCGGUACCGUCGCUCGGGACACUGGUCCUGGAGUCACCAUUAGUUUCAUACUAGCUGGAGUAUCAUGUAUCUUAAAUGCACUCUGCUAUGCUGAGCUAGCCACACGCUUUCCCCCUGUUGUGGGCGGUGCAUAUCUGUAUGCAUAUACAGCAUUCAAUGAACUCACUGCUUUUCUUGUUUUCGCACAAUUGACGCUUGACUACCAUAUUGGAAUUGCUAGUAUAGCGCGGAGCUUAGCAGGUUAUACAGUUUCGUUUCUUGAGAUCUUUCCCAUUUUUAAAGAUAAUAUUUCAAAUUGGUUUGGAAAUGGGCAAGAGUUCUUUGGAGGAGUUGUUUCUGUUAAUCUACUGGCUCCAGUUUUUGUAGCAAUAUUGACCUUUAUUCUGUGUUGGGGUGUUGGAGAGUUUUGUGCUAUAAACUCCAUCAUGUCGUCAUUAAAGGUCAUCAUUGUUGUGUUUGUCAUCUUCGUUGGUGCUUUUGAGGUUGAUGUUUCAAAUUGGUCUCCUUUUACUCCAAAUGGUUUUCAUGCAGUGUUAACUGGAGCUACUGUAGUAUUCUUCGCAUAUGUAGGCUUUGAUGCAGUUGCAAAUUCAGCCGAAGAAUCUAAAAGUCCGAGGAGGGAUUUACCAAUUGGUAUAAUCGGAAGUCUUCUCAUUUGCAUUGCUCUAUAUAUUGGUGUCUGUUUGGUGAUAACUGGAAUGGUUCCUUAUUAUCUUCUUGGGGAAGAUGCUCCCUUGGCCGAGGCUUUUACAUCCAAAGGCUUGAAUUUUGUUUCUUUAAUGAUAAGUAUUGGUGCUAUUGCUGGACUUACAACGACCCUUCUUGUUGGUCUUUAUGUUCAGUCACGUAUGUACCUUGGGCUUGGGAGAGAUGGUUUGCUGCCUUCUAUUUUUUCCAAAGUGCACCCCAAAUACCACACUCCUAUCACUUCGCAACUCUGGGUUAGUUUUGUAGCUGGCUUAUUGGCUGGACUAUUUAACGUGCACUCACUCGCUCGUAUUCUUUCAGUUGGCACCUUGACCGGCUACUCUGUUGUCGCGGCUGGUGUUGUCACCCUUCGGUGGGAGGAUAAGACAGCCAGUCCGGCAUCUUCAUCAACUUGGCGUGAAGGUGUCAUCUGUAUUAUGGUAGUUGCUUGCAGUGGUUUUGGUGCUGGAUUGUUUUACCGAUUCGGUUCACUAUGGGUUUCUAUGGUAGCCGCUGUUUUUGCAUUACUUGCAUCGAUUGCUCUUCAUCUUCGCCAUGUCUACGGAGAUGUGCUAGGAUUUCCUUGCCCGGGAGUUCCCUUUGUGCCGGCCCUUUGCAUAUUCUUCAACAUGUUCCUAUCAGCUCAGUUACACCAAGAAGCCUGGGUUAGAUUUGUGGUGCUCAGUGUCAUUACAGUCAUCUUUUAUGCAUGUUAUGGGCAGUAUCAUGCCACCCCGAGUUUGGAAGGUUCUGAGAUUUAUUUUCCGGUUCCAGGGUAGGAAGUUCGAUUUUUGUUCAUAAAUGUUAUGGUCCUAUGUCUUAUUGUACAUUGAUGAUUACCCCCUUAUACCAUAGUGUAAUACUCGAAGUAGCGUAGCGUAGCAGUCGAAUGAAUCAUUUGAGAGCUCCUAUUAGGACGGUUUGGCAUAAAGUAAUAUAGAUGACCAUGAAUACGAGUGGUACGAGAAUAAGAUGUCUAGAAAUUAUAAAUGUAUAA